AUGGUGGCAGAGGCGUCAGCGGGGCGAGAGAGGGGUAGCGGCGAGUUGAGCGCUCCGGCGGAGGGCCGCCUGGGUGGUCUCGAAGGAGGCGAACGAGAGGGCCGGGGGCGCCGUGGGAGCGAUGGCGAUCGAGGUGCUGGCGGUGGGGGAGGAGCGGGCGAGCCGGUUUCUACGCGAAUCGGGGCGCCGACGGUGCGCACUGGCGUGCGAGCGGCGGGGAUGAGAGCGGGUCGGGCAGAGGUCGGGUCGGAGAGGAGAGCUCGAGCUUUGGCGAAGAGUAAGGAUCGGUCGCGGUGAGCUCGCGGGUACGCGUGGGAGAUCAAAAUUCCCGGAUGCGAUCAUCCUGCACGGGCCAGGCGCGGUAGACAACGACGGGGCCGCAAUGAAGGCCCAAGAGCGAGGAGGGGUGCUGCGGUCAGAGCGCAGGGGAGCCGCCGCGAGUAGGGGCGCAGGCGAGACGGGGUGGGUGCUGAAAUGGGAUGGGGAAGGGGCGUGCGCAUCGGUGCAGAUGGUGGGAGACGGCGCGAGGAGGCGCGUGGAGCAGCGUUUUGGCGGGCGGGCAGGCGCGAUCGGGCUCGGGGGGCUUGCUCAAUGCUUGGGGCGGAAUCUCAGGCGCUGGUGCUGGCGCCCCGGCGCUGGCGCAACCGCGGCGCCCCGCGAAGGCGACGGCGAUAGAGGUGGAGUUGAUAUCCACUUUCCCAUCCGAGAAAAAACUCAUACUGUAGUCUUCACUUUUUGAACCACAAGUAGUUACUGUACUACUGUAGAUUCAUAUUUUAGGAGUACAGUGGGAUACACGCAAUAGUGCCACCCGUUUCCACAUGCCAGAAGGUGGCACUGUUCAGUGGUGGUACUACUAGCGGAGAGUGAAACGGAGGAAAUAUGCACCCCUCUAAUGCUUACCUAGAUACGCUUUAGGCAUAGAUAAUCGCCCAGCACUGCUUGCCUCUCUCAUGAUCCGCUUCCCUGAGCCCGUGCAUUGUGAGCGCAUUGUGAGAAAUGCUUUCUUCGCGCGUCGUCACAUAAAACUUGCUUCCUGUAAAUUGCACUCAUGCGCCAUUUUCUGUAGCCCCCAAAACAAUUCCGUGAGCCAGUCCUAACAAAGGGCUUUCCUUUCGUUUUUCCUUUCCGUCGCCACGUUUUUAUUGAGUUCUUCACUAAAAUCGGAAGAACAUUGCUGUAGUUUUUACUGUAAUGCCAUCCCAUAGUUCCACUCCUCGGAAAUGGAACAGAGUCUGGACGGUCUGCAGAUCCAUGCAGCAUGGAAGAUACAGCAA